AUCACUUCUCGGGCGUAGCUUAAUCUUAAAUUAUUUAAGCGGUUAUCUGAAGAACACGGGCCGUAAUUGAAAGCCUUAUCUGCUGGCGCUGGCGAAAUUUAGUAUCGCGAAUUAAUUUAAACCGCCCGCGAUAAAGGCCGAUGUAAACAGUUCCGCGAAAACUAUGAUAGCGAACGGACAGCAAACAACGCUGGCCAGUGUGAUCCCGCUGAUCCUGAGCCUGUGCCAGGUGUCCGGUGUGGCCAUUGGCCAGCCGGAGAGGCGUGUCGUGGGCGGCAGUGCGGCGGCGACGAACAGUGCUCCCUACGCGGUGUCCAUGCAGUACGGUGGCACCCACUACUGCGCGGCUAGCAUCCUGAAUGCCAACUGGCUGGUAACGGCCGCCCACUGCCUGACCAACAGCAACCAGGUGAUGGGGAGCACCCUGGUGGCGGGCAGCAACGCGGUGGCCGGAACAGCCAGCACCACGCAGACGCGGAGCAUCACCUACUUCGUGAUCAACGAUCUGUACACGGGUGGAACCGUUCCCUACGACAUCGGAUUGGUCUACACGCCCACCCCCUUUGUGUGGUCCGCCGCUGUGGCCGCCGUAACGCUGCCCACAGCCGGAGUGGUGCCCACUGGCACCGCCAAUCUCUACGGCUGGGGCAGCACCAGCACCACCAACACCGCCUCCUACCCCAACACCCUCCAGGUGGCCAGCAAUGUGCCCAUCAUCUCGCUGAGCUCCUGCGAGACCGCCCUGGGCACCAAAGGCAGCGACGUCCAUUCGACCAAUCUCUGCACUGGUCCUCUGACCGGCGGCGUCAGCAUCUGCACCUCGGAUUCGGGAGGUCCUUUGGUCCAAGGCAACGUCCUCAUCGGCAUAGUGUCCUGGGGAAAGCUGCCCUGUGGUCAGGCCAACUCACCGUCGGUCUAUGUGCAGGUAUCCUCGUUUAUUUCCUGGAUAUCGGCCAACCAACAGGUGCCCUAAAGAGUCGAAUUUAAAUUAAUUUCGUCAAUAAAAGCAAAUAAAGUUGUGCCACCA